CCUAUCUCCCUUAUAAAUAAUCCUCUUGUCUUCACUCUUCAUCUUUAAGAUCAACACCAAUCACAAACCAACACUUUACUAGAUAUGAAGAGACAGAGACAAGAUAUGGAGGAAAAAGAAGACAAUGAUGAUCACUCAUUGGCUGCUGCUGCCAUGGAGGUUGCUAUUGCCGCAGAAGCGGCUGCAGCCACGGCUGAGGAGGAGCAAUGUUGGGGGGCCGGAGCGGUGGAGGAGAUGACGUGGAGCUCCGUGUGGUUGCCUUUUUGGGACGUUGAGUUCGUAGGAAGAAACUAUGGUGUUUUGUUUAAUGAUGUUGUUUGGGACGAUGAUAUUUGGAACAUCCAAAAUCUAACUCACUCCUCAUAGUCAUUAGUCCUUACUCCUUACCUUUUUAAAAAACCAAUAAUCGGAUUUAUAAUUCCUUUUGGUUACUCCUCUAAGGAGGUUAAUCUAUAAUGAGAUGGUCCGUUUUUAAAACUAUAUAUGUUCAUAUCUUAAUAAUACUUUUAGUUGCAUAGAA